CAGGGUUUGGCAAUUGGCACAAUUUCACGAUAAAUAGUGCGUCGAAAAUGGCUUGGCACCGUUCAAUGAUAACAUUUGUAAGUCUUGUAAUAGUUGUAUUACAUCUUUGUAUGAAUACAGUUACUUCAACUAAUGCUAGAAUUCAGCAAUCUAUCAACGUAAAUGUGAACGGCUUAAAUAAUUACGAAAAGUGUCCGACAUCAAAGGAGGGCUGUUCGCUCAUGUCAGCUUUGCGUGCCGUAGCUGUUCAAGACAAAUUCAAGAACUCCACGACAAUUCGGAUCAGUUCAGGGAACUAUACUUUAAAUACAAGUUUUAUAUUCGAAAAUAUGAACAGUUUAACAAUCACGGGUGAAUCUAGAAACAUCACAAAUGUGAGUAUACAAUGUUCGGGAAACUCUUCAGGCUUGGCAUUCAUCAGAUGUCGUAAUACUGCAAUUCAGGAUGUUUCUCUGGUAUCAUGUGGGACACUUCACAACAGUUCAUCCUACAAUAAUCCUCUAUUUUACUCAGCGUUAUUUGUGAAGGAGAAUACAGAUUUCAAGCUGCAGGAUAUUGUUAUUGAGAAAAGUUUGGGCAUUGGUGUGACUAUGUAUGACACUACAGGACAUGUAAUUAUUGAUUCUGUCACUUUCGAGAAUAAUGGACCAAAUUCUUUGAAUUGUCAGUACCAGGAAUCCAUGGAAAACGCAAGGAACUUACAUAAUAUGGCUAAAGCUGGGGGAGGGCUAUACAUUGAAUUUACAUAUGAUGAAAGUGAUAGAAAUGAUUUGAAGAACAGCAUUAGCAAUUACCAUGUAUUGCAAUCAAUUUUUAAAGGAAAUAUUGCACCUUAUUCAGAACUUGUAAAUGGCAGAUUCAAACGUCCAGGAGGACUGAAGCAUAUUGGUUUUAGUCGCGGCGGGGGACUGUCUAUAUACAUCCGAGGAUCAGCAGAAAACAACAGUUUCUUUAUUGAUUCAUGUAUCUUUGAAGACAAUCAAGCAAUUUGGGGAGGUGGAUAUUUCAUUCAGUUCUUGGAUACUGCAAAUGGAAAUAAUAUCAAAAUUACCAAUACUAAUGUGACUAGAAAUAUGGCAUGCUUUGGUGGAGGGGCUUUCCAGUUAAGUAUUAUUUCAUCAAUAAACCAAUCUGAUAGUCAGUAUAUACCUAAUAACAUCCUCAGUGCAUUUUGUUGGUUUUCCAAUAAUUCUGCUGCGUCAGGGGGAGGCGGGACCAUUUUCGGCCGGACAAGUUUGGGCCAUAUUGACAACAGUUACUAUUUUAAUAACUGCACUUGGGAGGCCAAUGAAGCCACAACUGGUUUUGCUUUAACACUAAAGUUAUGGGAUUAUGAUCAAGGUUUGUUUGGACCAAACAGUCCUUUUAAAGUCAAACUUUCAGAUUGUCACAUCAUUGCAAAUACCAUGAGAGAUGUUUCAAAAUAUGGCUGGGGUGUAGGAACUGUUUAUGAUUUUCUGGUUCCACUUUUCCUCACAAAUGUUCAUUUUAUUGAGAAUACUAACACAUCAUUGAUCCUUGACACAUCGUCAGUACAAGUAUAUGAAAAUGUAACAUUUACCAGAAAUACUGGUUAUAAAGGUGGGGCUGUCGCAAUGUAUGGUGAAGCAUCAUUUCUUUUAAAGAAAGGCUCAAGGCUCACUUUUGAUGGUAAUACUGCAUCUGAGAAUGGCGGAGCUAUAUUUGUUGAAACACCCGGACCAGAUAGUGUACCGAUUGUCAGAAACAAUUAUUUGCAAACUCAUGAAUGUUUCUUUAAGUAUGAAGAUUCAACGAAACAUCCAGAUGAAUGGGAAACAGAGGUGAUCUUUAUUGAAAAUAAAGCACCAUAUGCUACAGGCUAUUCGAUAUAUACCAAUUCUCUACGUGAUUGUAUACGUCCCAAUGAAGAUAUGGUUAGAGUACUAGAGUGGAAAGGCUUUCACUAUUAUCAUCAGAAUGCCUCAAACAGCACAGUAAAGCGACAUUUUGAGAUUGUCACAGAUGCUAUCCACAUAAAUUCUAAGAAGUCAGAUUGGUCUGUUCCACCAGCCCAAUUAUUCUCACCACAAGUCACAUUACUUGAUGAAAAAAAUAAUUCAGUGUACGGAAUAAUCCAUGUUAGCAUACACCCAGCUAAUGACCCAUCUACUGUAACAUUGGGAACACCGUCCUCCUUGUUUCUUGUCAGGAAUAAUAUCUCUUUUAUUGACUUGAAAGGAAAAUCAGGAACAAACUUUUCUGUUGAUUUUAGAACAGUUGGUGGACAGUUUGUUCAGAGAAGAUUAGAAAAUGUAGAGUUGAAAAAAUGUAAUCCAGGGUUUGUGUUGCAAGGGAAACAAUGUGUAUGUGCUUCAGUUGACAGGCGUCAAGGGGUUUCGCGUUGCAAUGAAGAACAUUCUGUUGUGUACCUUGAAAAGGGUUACUGGGCCGGAGAGGUUGAGGAUGACAGAGGUGAAACAGUAUUUGUUACAGCACAAUGUCCAACAGGAUAUUGUAAUUGUCUCAAGCCUAAUCGCUAUUCAUUAAGAGCAGAUGAGUGUGUUUAUAAGCAAGAUGAGAUGUGCAAUGGAAAUAGAAUGGGUGUAAUGUGUGGUUCGUGUAAAUAUGGAUCUAGUGUUAAAGUUGGUAUUCAGUCUUGCUCUUCUGAUUGUAAAAAUUCUAAUUUGUGGGGAUUGUUUCCUUUGUUACUUUGUCUCACCUUUUUAGUCUUUGUUAUCUUCAAAAUUAAUCUGGACGUUUUUACAUGUUACCUGAAUGUCUGGUUAUAUUUUUAUCAAGUAAUAAGUCUUGUUACAGGUGUGCAUGGUGACAUUGCUUUAGAUCCUUUUAUUGAGUUUAUAAUUGGCUUGGCACAGAUAACUAUCAAUGGCUUUGGUAGUUGUUUGUGGGAAGGAAUGGAUAAUUUACAAAAGCUUGGUUUCAGUUACUUGUUGCCUGUGUAUGUUUUUAUUGUGGUAUUCAUAAUUUCCUUGGUUGCUCGAAGAUUUCCUAAUUGUUACUUUGCAAGAAAUUCAACAUUUCGUGCAUCUUGCACACUUUUUGUACUCUGUUACUCCACUUUGGCCAGAGUUUCCAUGGAUAUACUCCGACCUUCUAAAGUUGGAGAUGAAAUUGUUGUGUUUUAUCAGGGAACAGUAACCUAUUUCAGUUCCUACCACAACUGUUUUGCUGUUCCAGCAAUUCUUAUUCUUCUCUUUAUUGUCAUUCCAUUUCCAUUGAUUCUUAUGUUUACUCCAUUCUUUACUAGACGUGUAAGAUUGUGUGUCUAUGUGACUCCGUUGUUUGAUACGUUCCAAUCUUGCUUCAAAGACGGAUACAGAUGGUAUGCUGCUUUUUACUUCUUUUCAAGAUUUUUCUUUCUUCUCUUUGCAACAUUCAUACCUUAUGGAGCCGUCAAAGCAUUAUUCAUGCAAAUUUCCUGUGUCAUCGUCCUCACUGUUCAUGUCUACCUUUGGCCAUAUUUGGAGAAGUACAACUGGAUCAACCGAGUAGAUGGUGUGCUUCUUACCACGUUGACAAUCAUCAGUAUCAUUGCUGCGCAAGCAACAAAUAACAUUUCCGCAAAUGCUAAGGAUACAAUGGUGACAAUCAUUGACAUUCUUACUUACACUCCGUUAGUGUAUGUUUUGGGGUUUGCUUUCUACCUUCUCUAUAAAUGGAUCCAACCAAAGCUACGUCCACCUGCGGAAAGCACGCAGAACUUAGAUAAUAUCGACGAUGUAAGCGAUUCGGCUUCUGUAAGAGUGAUAUGAUUAACAUUAAGUGGAAAUUGUCUUAAACUUCAAAGAUAGCAUAUAUUUUAGCCAUAUAUACAGUUUGUUGAUUGGUAAUGCCACAUGCAAAUCAGUGUUUUAUUAAGGUUAUAUAUAAAUUUACAAUAAGCUAAUAUUGUAAGAAUGUUAAGGUGGCUCAAUAUAGUUUAAAAAAAAAUCAAAUGUAUAUUUUACACGAGGCAAAUUUUGCUGAGACUUGCAAUACAAUUUCGAAUACAGAGCCGUGUAACCGUGUUAUCUAUAAAGUAUUCACAGAUAACUUUGAGCAUGGCCCGUAUUCUGCUCUGCUGACACUUUCUUUACAUAACAUACACGCGUAAAAAUCCGUGCCAUCAACAUUGUUGCAACUUGUUGACAAUCAUGUUAACAACUUGCAACAGUACUGAUGGUUGAACAACUUGUUAACAAUAUUGUUCACGGGGUGCAGCACAACAUUGUUCGCUCCUGUUUUGAACAACGCCGAACAACAUGAUCAAUUUUUACCCGUGUAUCCUUAAGAGAUAUAAAAUUUCCCGGCUCUUUGUAUUAUAAAACAUUGCGUGCAAGUUGGAGCAAAAAUUAUCUCUUGUAACAUGGUCUUUUGACAUCCCUGAAUUUUGUUAGAUGUUGGGAUUUAAGACUUACCUUAUCUUAGAUUUUUUCUGUCAUUUUGGAAUUUCUUCCUUUAAUAGGCGUUUUGUUAGUAUUGGCUAUUGGCUAUUGAGUAUAUCUAGCCACCUUGAUAUUGAGUAAAUCUUCAAGGUAGGGAACAAACAUUCUUAUAAGUGUAGAUGUAAAUAGUCAGGAGACGUUAUACUCACGACUACACAAACGUUUAAUAGUUUAUAGUUAUAUCUUUUACCUUAGAAUAUAUAUCAAUGUUAAAUAAAAUUUAUGUAAAUCAAUCUUUUUUUGCUCGUAUUGAAUUUGUAGGUUGAGUUGCGAGUCAUAGGAGAUUAAAGCACCGGUCAAACGAAGAUGAGAGUUCAAUUGUUUGCGGUCAAAAUAGUUCAAUAGUUGUAUUUAAAGGCAUAUCUGCAUUCUGCAACUCGCGCAAACAACUGGACACCAUUGAGAGAGUUUAAGGGUUCACAAAAAAUUGCUUAAAC